AUGAUUGCGGCGCAAGUUGUGGAGAGGCCACUCAUCCCGGACGUGCGUUUUGACCUGAACGCCAUGUCAGAUGCCAACGCUCUCCUCGAAUUUCGUUUCGAUGUUGCCGGUGUUCAGCAGCUGGGUUUCCUUCUUGGACUGCCCGCCGUGGUAAUCACGCUGUCCCGCAAUCGAGUGCUGCGUGACGAGGCCAUGUGCAUCUUGUUGUCGCGUAUGGCUUUCCCCACUCGUCUCUUUGACAUGUCCAGGACGUUUGGUCGCUCCCGCUCAGUGCUGUGUGAUGUCUUUUUGCACGUUCUCAACGAAAUAUAUGACUGUUGGGGCCACCUUUUGUACAUCAACUACAAGCUCGUUCAACGCAACAUUGACCAAUACUGUGCUGCGAUUCAACGCAAGGGUGCGCCCACAAACAGGGUCUUUGGAUUUAUUGAUGGCACGAAAGUCCAGACCUGCCGCAUUUCUGCAAUCAACGAUGGAAACAACUUGCAAAAGGAGAUAUACAGUGGUCUAAGCGCGUGCACUGUCUGA